UGACGUGGGUAGUUCACCUCGUCGGGUUUAUAAAAUAAUUACAGGCGCGUACUUUCCGACGCGACGGCUUUCGGCUGGUUUUAAGGGCAGGCCCUGCUCGUAGUGCUGAGACAGUUGCCACUCGCUUCCCAGCCUCUUCUCCAGCGCGAGGACCACACACAUACUCACACUCUUCCUUCAUCAGAACUACAGCUGAAGGAACAAUGGUGCGCGCUUCGACACCUAGGCACCUCGUACUGAUGGUGGUAGCUCUUACCGCUCUCUGCGUCGCCCUGCCGCAAUCCGUAAUGGCCAUCGACUUAAGUCGACUUUACGGUCACCUUAACGCGAAGAGGAAUGGCCACUAUAAUGAGUUGAAGAGUGGGUGGGUGGAAGAGAAGACCAUGGAUGUACCCCAGCCAGGAGACGCGUGUCAUCCCUAUGAACCGUUCAGAUGUCCUGGAGACGGAAUCUGCAUCUCCAUCCAGUACCUAUGCGACGGAGCACCUGAUUGUCCUGAUGGUUACGACGAGGAUUCUCGACUUUGCACAGCCGCAAAAAGGCCACCUGUGGAAGAAACAGCAAGUUUCCUGCAGUCUCUCCUUGCAAGCCACGGACCCAACUACCUGGAGAAAUUGUUCGGCAGCAAGGCAAGGGACGCACUAGCUCCACUCGGCGGGGUUGAAAAGGUCGCCAUAGCGCUCUCAGAAUCUCAAACCAUCGAAGAUUUUGGAACUGCGCUGCAUUUGAUGCGUUCCGAUUUAGAGCAUUUGCGUUCCGUCUUCAUGGCAGUAGAAAAUGGUGACUUGGGUAUGCUCAAGAGUCUGGGCAUCAAGGAUUCCGAACUGGGAGACGUCAAAUUUUUCCUAGAGAAACUGGUCAACACUGGUUUCCUGGACUGAGCGCCCCUUCGCUUUACCCUUUCUAUCCAAAAAGAAACAAUCCGUCAGUACUUAUCCUACUUCCUCCCAUACAUGUACACUCCUACGUUCUUCACGAGCCUCAUUUUAGUUCUGUCGACGCCGUUUUUCUUUGUCGUUAACCAGACAUCGAUCUCAGUAUUCGUGUUCAAGACAUAUCAAACGCCUACCGGUUCAGUAAGACAUAUCAUUAGCGGUGUAGAUUUAAACUCAACCCACUGGAAACAUCAGAUAUACCUAUAAAUAUAUUAGCACUUUGUUCUGAAGUUGUUUUAAACCAGAAUUUUGCUUAAUAAAUUGAAGCUAAAUAUAUGGAAUUUGUUAAAAAUUUUCUUCGCUACCAAUUCAAAAUUUGCUAUGCUGUUCUUAGCGGAAAUCAGUAAGAGAGACACCAAACUGAUUUACAAAAUUAAUAAUUUUGUUUUAAAUUUAUGAAGAAAUGCCGCCAGAUAUGAAAAUAGUGUUCACAUACAAUAUUUUAUUUCGUUUGAUAAUUUAAUUGGUAAUAUGAAAAUACGUAUGAUCUGGAAAUAAGUUUAUAAGAAUCGUCUUUUCCACGGUAUAUCGACUUGUGUGUUUAGUUCCACCACGACAUUACCAUCGACCAGGCUACCUCUGGCAGGAUCGGAAAUGAACGACUAUUUGCAUUAAUAACAUCUGCUAGGGCUAUCGACCGUGUCAAUCGGUUAAAUUCUUAUCCUACUGAAGCGGUUGAUAGCCCUUAGCAGAUUUUAUUAAUAUCAGUGACCGUGACAGAUUUAGAUCAUACAUUGUACUGUGUAAGAUUUGAGGUUUUCGCAGCGGUAAGCAUGAAGAUUUCUGUCUUCUGGGUUGUUGCGCAACAACCCAGAAGACAGAAAUCUUCAUACAUUAUACUAUUUGAACAUUCUCUUUCCGCUUCAAAAAAUAAAUUCAUCUCGAAACUGUUUAGAUCAUCUGAUUCAAGUGCUCUGAAAUUGAUUUCUUUGUCGUUAGCGCAGCAUUACAAAGCUUCUUGCUUUUCAGUUUCGUUGCAAUAAAACAAAAGUCAGAUAGACUGCAUACAAAACAAAUGCACUUGACCAAAAAUGCACACAAGAGAAAACAGAAAGCGUGCGGAAAAUAAAAAAUAACAGAUUGUACCUGCUUGAAAAGCUGUCGUGCUCUUGUCGUGUUCGACCAAUACCACAGCCGACAAAUCUGUGUCUGUUUGUCCCUCUCAACCCUUCAGCCCUUUCCUUCAUGUGCCACUGAGGUAAUGAUUUCACGUCCUCUUUAUCAGCAGCCGACCAAUAAAACAUGUUUCAUGUAUAAAUAACUAUUCAAUAUUCAUGAAGAUAAUAGAAUUCUUAAAAUACGUGUAUUUAUUAUCAACAACCGACUCAUCACUUGUCAGUUAUUUAAGAUGUUCAAAUGUGUGUUUAAGUAGGUUGUAGGAAUACAGUCCCCAAGUAGAACACACCGAUCAGAAGACAUCAUCUGUUGAAUUUUAUUAAUUUAAUAAAGUUUACACAUAAGAUGUUUAGUUUGUCGACGGUGAUAAUUUUACUAUUUGAUAUAAUGUUCUGAAAAUAUUAUGUGUUGUUCUAUAACACUGACUUAUUGCCUGAUAAUCCACACUAUGCCGACGUUAAAGUGUAUUGUAAUGGGAAUGACACAAAAUAAUUAAUAGAUGUUCAAUGCUUCAACUCCAGAUUCUUGGAGAAUAUUUGCUAAUUGGCAAAUUAUGCAUACCUUAUGCGUAUUUGAAAGUCCGUUACCAUGAUUUUCAUAUACAAACAAAAUUCCAUAUUUAACAUUAAUGGGUACUUGAGCCAAGCAUCCUAAUGGCAUUAACAUACAGCUGUAGAACGAGAGAAAAUUAAAGCCCCCAAAUCCUUUGGCCCGUGUAUUCCAUUCGCUGUAUAUGAAACAAAUAUAACGUUGAAAACAUUUACAGCUAAAUGCUACUUCUGCUUUCGUAGAAGAGAUUAUACAUAUGCUCCUCUCGGUGGCUGGAUGAUCAGAUGUAAAUAUUUUUCGUAGUCAUGAAAGACGACAAGGCGAGUAAUGAAUCGCGCUGUUCGCGAUGCCGCUUGAGUAAUGAAGGGCGUCACAAAACACAAAUACAAUGUCGGCAUGGAAACACAUCAGUAGUUGAUUUAGGCCUAGUAAAAUUAAAUAUUAUAGUUUAUUUUCUAGUAACUUUUAGAGAAAAUUUAUUGUCAUAAAUAUAAUUAUAUAUAAUUAUUGACAUUACUGUCAUUUGUGUGUCAGAUAUGUCGUUUAUAAUAUUAUUUUAUUCUACGGUGUAUUCUCGUAACGUUUCUAAGCUAUUAUAUAGCAUCUAUAUAGUUAACAUAUAUAUCUAUUCGAGUUAAUGUACCUUUUACAGUAGAUAAUACUUAUAAAGGGAAUGCAAUACAACGUUUUGAGUGUGAUAUGUAGUGGGGCAAGUAAUGUGGUGGAACUUAAGUUAUGCUGUAUUAUCAGAAUUAAUGUAAUACUACAUGAAUUCAGAUAUUGGGACUCCCCCAUCAAACAAUUAUAAUGCUGUGAUCGCAUGGUAAUCUUUCCCCUACAACCACGAAAAUAAAUCCAUUUCGUGAAACGAAAGUCCCAACAAUACAUGCAGGAUUGGAUGGAUAUACGAAUCUACUUGCUUACACUCCAAUUACAUGAGCUAGAAGACAGGCCUAAGAUAUAUGAACGUUUAUGAUAUAAGUAGCUGGAGAACAAAAGACGAAGUCAUUAACAAAUCUGUUUCCUUUUAUAUAAAUAAAAUAACUUAUGUGGGUGUAUCGAAGCAGAGAGUGACACCUUUUUAAUAACACCACUUCGUGAUCAAGAUAAAUGAUACAUAUAAAUCAUAUAAUUAUUAUAUCUGUUGUUGUAUAAUAUAUACGUAUAUAUUAUUUAAAGAGAGUUGUAAGGGAGUUGUCCCCAAGUAAUUUCUAAGAGUUAUAGAAUGAAGGGGACUUGUGCUUUUGCUAGCUGUAAUUCUUGUUGGGCUCGUGUAACGUCAAUGUGAGAAGUACGUAUUUCCGCUGAUAAUUUAAUAUGCUUGUUCAACUAACCUUUAAAAGGCUGUAAAUAUUUGAAAGAAAAUGGCGGCCUAUAUCCUAGUCGGAUGCUGUUAUUUGCUUGGCAACAUAUAAUGUUUCUCUCUUUCAACUAGCAGCACGUAAUAACACUCAUAAGCCUACAAACGUAACAAUUACAAGAAUACACUAUCAUUAAUGUAAAGUUUCCUCGAGGAAUGUUACAAUGUAAGUUACUUUACACUACACCUAAAUAUUUCUGAUUUAAAACCAUUUUGUCGUUCACAGUUAAGAACCACGAGUUUAAGAUAAGAAAGUACGAUCCCGGAAUAGAAAUAAAUGUGUAUUUCUUCAACAGUUUGCCGUUUUCAGAGCAAAUUUUUGAGUUCUAAAGGAAAUUAUCAGUUUGUCACACUAUCAUAUAAUUACACUAAUAUUAUGGGAGUAUGCUACAAGGUGUACUUAACGCUUUGGACUACAAAACAAACUGUGAUAUAUAUUCAUGAAGUUUACUUAAGUUUCAUUUCUUGAAAGCAUAUUUUUAAUAAUGGGCCAUAUGACUUGUUUUAUUACGUAGAUAUAAAAAUAUAUAUUAUUCAUAAUAAUAAAUGACGAUUGCAGUAACUAGUCUAAUAUAAUUUUUGUUGGAACUUUAUUGACUGCAGUGUCAUGAUUUUAUUAAGCUCUGCAGUAUUUAGUCGCUCUAUUUACAUCUGAGAGGUCUUCAUCAUAAUAUAAAGUUUUAAUCGCGAAAUAAUUCGAAAUUAAUUAUUCAUAAUAAAUAAAGUUAUUUAUUACAAAAUAUUUUAUCGCAAAAUAAAAUUACGUCCAAAUAAUAUACAUAUCAACAGUUCAGUGUGCAAUUUUUUACCAGAUAACUCAAGCUACAGAGAGAACAAUAUUCAAUAUUAAUUUGGUAGUAAUUUUAUACUUGUCAUGAUUUCGCUCUUUUACGUUUAUAAAUUCGUUCAGAUUUCCUCAGUGUAAUGGCUUUAAAAUACCAGGUCCAGCAAACAUUGUUUCACGAAAAGCAAAAAUUUAAAUGCGCAUUUUCUGCAAACUUACAAUAGAAUAUGAAUUUACAUAAACACAAAAGGAACAAUAUAUAACAAACGGACUACGCGAAAUGAAGCUACCACGCUAUAUGUUAUGAUUUCCAUGGGCAGAGGAACGGUAUGGUCACACCGCGGACCACACAAAAUGAAGCAUUUUUUUCUAUGUUUAACCUGACUUGAUCAUACAGAUCUCUCUCUGUAAUGCCAUUAGAAGAUGUGUACACACUUUUAAUACAUAUGUAUUUUGCCGUCUGUCGUGUUAACUACAGUAUCAAGUCUUAUGUGUGAUGUUUUGUAGAUGAUAAAGUGCGCGAAUCCUAAACAAAACUAAACCAACACGUCGCACUCAUGUUAAAGGAAACCAUUGUAAAGGUCUUUCAUAUUGUAACCCUGGCUUGAUGUCUGUACAUAUCAACUUCGUGAAUAGUUGUGAUCACCAUUAAAGAUAAUCCCUCCUGGCGAAACUAUUUAAAUCGCCAUUAUAUAUAAUGUAGUAUAUAUAAAUGUAUAUGCAGCAUUUCUCAUAAUUCCUUCACAACUAAUCUUUAUACUUUUUAAGAUUUGCUCGUAUAAUUCUCUUCGGACGCAAAUCUAAAAAGUACCAACAGAAAUGUUUGGAUAGGUCAGAGGAGUUUCAGACGGCAGAUAAUGACGGACGCCAUGUUGAUGGGAUUGUUCUUGUGACAUCUAGAUAACGACCUGACACGAACUAGAGUUAACUUGCGAACAUCAAUAAACGCAAUAACCGUCACAUGGAUUUGUGUAUAUUUUAUGUUAAGAUUUCGCUCUUGAAUUGUCUGUCGUUUGAAACUUGUAUUUUAGCUAAAAUUAGCACCUGCAUUCUUCACUUUAUUUUCCAUCCCUUCUUUAAAACACGUACUUUCUGACUCUUAAUUCCUCUUCAGGGGAAAAAUAUCCUUGCCCAAUAUCUGAACGCCCAAGAUGGCGUUUAAAUGAGUUAAGCCUCGACCUCACAGCACUAUUCUGUGAUAGUGGAGAGAUGACGCAUAUAUUUCCUUAAUUUAGUUUAGUUGUAACAAAUUGUAGUUACAUAAUAAAUAUAUUUUUUUGACAAAAUGUUGUAGUUGCUAUUCGUGUCUGUAUAUUUCUUUGCUUUCUGUUUGUGUAUAAAUAUAUUAUACUGGAAAAUUGGGAACAAUUUUUACCUACAGUAUUUGGUUACUCAUCAGACAAAUCAUUAAACCUUUCGUAAAAACUGCUUGAAACAAAUAUUUAUUGUAGUCCAUUACAACCUACUUAGUACACACUGGUUCAAAGACAACCACGUUGGAAUGUAUGAGGGAAUUCUAAAGAUUAAGCGUAAAGAAUAUGAGUUUUCAAUACAAUUAUCGGAAUACUAAAUACAAUUUAAGACAUUCGCAAAAAACAAAAACACACACACAAGAAAAUAAAACAAGGGAAUUAAAUAUUUAGCAUCCAUAUUACAAAAACAGGUGUGUCCCGUUUUAUUUCUGGAGUUAUAUUUAAGUCAUGGAAAAUAAAUAAAUUAAAUUUGUAGCAAAUGUA